GCAGGACGGCGACGGCGCCGGCGGCGUGCCCGCAUCGGCGUUAACAUAUCCAUAUAUGGCCACAAUCGACACGAUCAUCCGCACGGUCGGCCCCUGCUCCGCAUCCGCACCUGCCGCAGCGGCCUGGCCAGAGGGGGCGGUCGUCGCGCCGGCCAGCGCGGGCGAGGGCGGCAGCCUGGACGGCCCGUGGACGUGCGGGGGGCCCGGCGGGGGCCAGCCAGAGCUCGUCCGCAUCGGGGGCAGCACCGUGCCGUGGCAGCGGAGCCUGGCGAAGGGCAAGAAGGGCGGCAACGGCGGAGGCAAGGGCGGCGGCAAGGCCAGCGGAGAGGACGAGAGCACGAACGCAUGGGGAGCUGGCGCGACCUCGGCGCAGCCGACAUCUUCGGCCUCGACCUUCCUGGACGAGGCGAGAUCGCAUAUCUGGGAGUUUUCCGACGGACCUGAGUCAUGGAGGCCCUUCGACGUGACCGAUUCGGCGCUGGUGGAGGCGGUGUGGGCCAGCUGGAAGACCGCGCCCAACCCUCAAGAUGGUGGCAGCAUUCUGCAGGUGUCCAUCGGGUCGGCAGAGCACGAGAUAGACUUCAACGCAAUGACCCAGACGAACAUUAUCACUGGGCGGGUACGGUCCCUGCGCCGCAGACUUUCUCCCACGCCAUGCGCGGGGCCCGACAUCAGCGAUCCGAACAAGAACGCCGGAGAUGGCGAGCUCGAGCGCCUGCGGCGGCGCGUGGUGUUUCUCGAGCAGCGUCUCCAGUCGGCCCACGAGGAAGAGCGCGAGCGGAUGGCCCGGAUGGUGCGAGAGGUUGAGCAAAAGGCUCGGUCUAGUGCACAGCAGGCCUGUGCAUGCGAGAUCGGCAGCUGGGAAAAGAAAGCCCAGUCUCUCGAGCUUCGACUUUCAGAAGCCCAUCGGAGAACCACUCAGGCUCGGCAGGUGGUAUCGUCGAAGGAGGCGGAAAUGUGGUCCUACCUGGAAGUCGCCGAGGCAUGGAAGCAAGUGGAUGCAGGAGCCACUGCCAUCAGGCAGCCACGGCCAGAUCUUGUGAAGACCGUCCAGGACAUGCUCGUACAACGAGUCCCUCCUUGUCACUUUGGGCCAUGUGCUCGCAUGAAAAAUUGCGUCGUCACCGAAGUCGAGGAAAUCGUCAAUGUCGACAGAUGGAACCAAUACAGACUCAGGCGCGAGCAGGUAUCCAAGGCACUGCAGAACAGGCACGACUGUCCGAGCGUGGGCCAGCUGGCCCCUGGCGUGCUAGACUUCCGAAGGCACAUCCCCUACGCUGCCUUGCAGCAGGCGGCGAACGAGGCGCUGCUGCUACAUGGUACCAAGACGCAGACUGUUGAUUCUGCCAAAUUGUUGCCAGAUUUCAAAGCACUUUGUUCAAACAUAUUGGGGUCGUCGGGUUACAUUGUGCAGCAGGGUUUCGAUGACCGCCUCGGUCAGCGUGGGCUCUUUGGCAGUGGGUUGUACUUUACCUGUGACUCCUGCAAGGCGGCAGAAUAUUGCGAUUUCGGCAGGACAGGCUGCUUGAUCUUGGCCAGGGUCCUUUUGGGCCACCCCUACAUGGCAACUGGACCAAUGAAGUCGCACAACCGGUCACCAUUGGUUCAAGGACUAGCAUUGCCGCACGACAGCACCAUGGUGCGGCCAGGUAUCCCCAACGGGCGCCCGAAUGGCCAGGUUCACUACGAGUUCGUGGUGCCGCGGGAGCAGGCGUACCCAGAGCUCAUCAUUCACUUCCGAUGCGAGUGA